AUAUAACGGAAAUUGGUUUAACUAUUCAUUGUUUUAGUUUUGAUAAAACGUGUUUGUAGAUUUUUUAAGUAUUUGGAUUUGUUGACUACACGAUUUUCAAGAUGACUAUGCUUGAUCGAAAGCCUGGAGUUCGUUGAAGAAGUAAUCGGCUGCCUGAGCGAGUCUGUCUUUUCUGGCUUAAAUACAACAAUUUCUUCAACCAUUCAGACCAUUUGCAAUGAAACUACAAUGGAAAAGGUUGAGGCCUAUGUGAGACCAUUAUGGGAGGUUGACUUUGUAAUGGCUCUGAUUUACUGCUGUUUAGUCGGCGUUGCUCUCUCCGUCGGCACGGUCGGAAACAUCCUGAUUCUGAUUGUUACAGCCGGUACCAGGACAAUGAACAGAGUCGGGCGGGAUUUUGUGAUAAACCUAGCACUUGCUGACCUCUGCGUGGCGGCCGUAGCGGACCCGAUGUGCAUUCUAGGUGUUAUAAAAGGUGAAAAAUGGUUCCAAAGCCGUUGGAUUUUGUGUGAACUGGUUGCCAGCAUGUGCCUUACAGCCUGCUUCUGCGCGUUCCUCAGCCUCACUCUGAUGUCAGUCAAUCGAUACGUUUUCGUCUGCCAAAACAAGUGGUACCAAAAGAUAUUUCGACGACCAGUUUGUAUCGGAUUGUGCAUGUUGUGCUGGAUAUCGGCGUUUCUAUUUGAGUUUCCGAACUUUAUUGGCUGGGGAGGCCAUUAUUUCGACGAGAAGAACCAGCAGUGUAUUUGGGACAGGACUGCAAGUUUCUCGUACACGGUGUUUGUUUCGGCUGGGUUGAUCGGAGGCCCUCUGCUACUUAUGGGUCUCUGCUUCAUCCUAGUGUUCCGGAAGAUUUGGUUGACAAAGAAAAACGUGUUCUCACUGGACCAGGAAGAUCCUCUCAGAAUGCGCCGUGUGUGGCAAGAAGCACUGCGAUCUUCACGUACGCUGGUAAUCAUCUUUGCGGCCUUCGUCAUCUGCUGGACACCGUACGCUAUCCUCACGGCACUGGAUGUAAAUGACACGUUCUCUACAGAAGUUCACUUGUUUGCCACCAUGCUGGCCCAUCUACAUUCAAGCCUGAAUUUCACUAUCUACAUGCUUACAAACAAGAGGUUCCGACAAUCCGUGUUCUCCCUAUUCCGCUGCAGCCUCACCACAUUUACCUACAGAAGUUCAACCGACAACGACAAGACUUUGGAAACAGCUUCUUCGAAGAGCGACAGGACUGUCAGUGAACUGCCAAGGAAAUAUUACAUCAACGCAGCACUUCAGCCCGAGAAAUCCCUCAAAAACGGAUUCUCUGACAUCGGGUUUGUUGAGAAGGGAAGUGAAGAUGGCACGAUAAACAAUGACAUGAUGAACGAGAAGAACUGUAUUAAUGGGACAUAUGACGACGUCCAGAAAUACUAGCAUUCUCCCUUUUAUAAAAAAAAUAUACAAAUGAGCAAGAAAAAGACAGUGCAGUCAAUAUGAAAUAAAGGGCUGGAAGAAAAACAUUUUCUCCAAUCAAUCAAUUUCAAUAAAACAGUUGUAUAAAAAUAGUAAUAUUCAUUCAAUGCUGGAAAAAAACAUAACAUUAGAUAUUCAAGUCAUAAUUAUCGUGUUUACUUAAUUAAGGAAAUCCACGUGUAAUUAACUCAUAUAAACACGUUAUUUCACAUUUCGUAGGUCUUGGCGAAGGCUUAUUCGAUCUUGAUAAGACACGAAGAGUGGCGAAAUUUACCGGACUUUACGGAGCUUUUAAUGGCUGUUUUACUUUUCUCGUUGUUUACGUUAUUUGAUACAACAUUGUCUACAUUAUGUAAGGCAUGACGUAGAAUGGACCUUUACCUGUCAUUUAUGUCUGGUGCAUUGUUACAAUUUUAAUAAGCAUAAAGGCAAAACAACAAAACAACUUUAAUGAAAUGAUUGGCUUGUUUUAUGUGAAAGUGAUGAAUCGUAUUUUUAAAGUCCUUCCCAGUGCGAUACAGUUUUGUACUUACAAUGACUUUUCAUUUAUAUAUUUAUUAUGCGCACGUGAUAUUCUGGGGAAAAUUCCCGCGUAAUAUGUUUCGUGUUGUAUUCAUACGCAAUAUUAGAUUUUGCCCCAACCCCUACUUAAUUUGUAGUAACAAGAUGUUCAGCGUUUCCUUCUGCGGCCCGGAUGGUUUGUAUUUUAUUUUGAAGUCUUGGAAAUGUGUAUACACAAAAUGAUUAAAUGAUAUAAGAAAUCCCUGUAUACUUCCGUCCAUUUAAUACAUUCAGUUAUAUUAGUAGUACUAGUGUUUUUCUCUGAAUGUUUGAGUAUGCGGUAUCCUUUCACGAUUUUAAUCGUCCGAUCUAAUAUGUUCUCAAAUAGAACUUUUGAAUGUACAGCGAGCAAUAACAUAUAUUUUACAUGUACGGCGGCUGAUUUACAAUGUAUUCAAAUAAUAAUUAUUUUUAAAAGUAAAGCGACCGAUAAAUAGAAGUUAGUUUUCAUGAACAGGACCGAUCUACUAUGAAUUCAUGUACAGCGAUCGAUCUACAAUUUAAUGUAUUCAAUAGUAGUUAGUUUUCUGGUAAAGCGACCGAUCUGCUAUAUAUAUAUAUGAAUUCAUGUUGAGCGAUCGAUCUACAAUUUAAUGUAUUCAAUAGUAGUUAGUUUUCUGGUAAAGCGACCGAUCUGCUAUAUAUAUAUAUGAAUUCAUGUUGAGCGAUCGAUCUACAAUUUAAUGUAUUCAAUAGUAGAAAGAGGCCGAUCUACUAAAACAUUGAAUAAUUCAGGUACAGCAAUCGAUCUACAAUGUUUUCAAAUAGUAGUUAGUUUUCAUGUACAAAGACCGACCUACAAUAUAUCUACAUACAUGUAGUAGUUAUUUUCCGUAUUACAAAUUACUGAUCGAUUUACAAGGUAUUAAAAUAAUACUUAUUUUUUCAUUGUUUUCAAAUAGUAGUGCAAACUUGACAGACCCUGAUGAAAGUGCAAAAAAUUGAAUGCGGAUAAAAUUAUUCCCUCAGCAUCAAUUGUGCUUAAACCACAUCAACUUGUGAUGUUUGUUUGUGUUUUUGUAAAUACAUUCAUUGUAAUUAUUAUGCAUGCUAGUUGUAAAUGAAAGAUUUUCUGUACUGAGAAAAUGUUCACAAAGAAUAUCCAUGCUUAAGAAUUCUUCAUUAUUUACCAUGUAUAUUUUUAGUUAUCAAGAUUUUGACAGGUUAUAUGUGCCAGUAUAAACGUUUGUUAUAUGGGAAACAACUUACAUGUCCAUAUAACCCUGUGUAUAUUCGGCCAUAUAACCCUUUGCGAAUUUAUAAUGCAGCACAAUUGCAAUAAUUGCCUUUACAUCAUUUCCCAUUACAUCAUAUAUUUAUAUCAGCAGUUUAGAAUAUAUAAACAUCGCGAUUAUCGAAUGAAAACCGAUGUUACAUAAGGAAAAUGUUAUUAAGCUGUUUUAGUGAUAUCGGCACAUUAAAAAAGGUUGAUUUUGUGACGGUAGAUUAACACUCCGUGCAAAUGCUUUAUUUGGUGUAUUCCUUCCUUUGAUUGUUAAAAAAGUCAGUCUUUCAGGAGCCGUGUAUAAUGAUAAUAUGAACAGUAAAAUUGUCCAAUGAAAGUCGAUUUUUACAAACGGGCAGUUUGAAAUCAUAGCAGGGCUACAAUAUACAAAUAAUAUUCUUGAUUAUUCUUUGUGAACAUUUACAAAUGUACACUUAUGUCAAAUUUAUAUGAUUGUUUAUUAUAUGUUUAUUUCAUAGAUAUCUUAUAAGGAACAUUCCAAUAUGUACAUAAUAUAGAAAGAAUAAUGUAACUUUUUACUGCUUUUUUCAUAUUGAUAAAUAAGUGUGAGGUUUAAAAUCUGACAAAUAAUCACAUUAUAUAUGAUGAUAUCAAUAAUUUAUAAGGUUAAAGAAAAAAAAUUACUUCUUGCAAUAUGUGUUCGUUAUCUAGACAUUACUUGAUACUACUUUACACCACAAUGCGGGACAUUAGACAUAUUCCUCCUUUAUAAUGUAGAAAAAAAACUACAAUACUGGUAUUUCUGUAAAAUGGGUGAAUUCCUU